AUAAGCAUAAAUGCAAAAUCGUUUCCUUCGACUUUGAUACUGAUUUUGGAACGUCGCUCAUUCGUCGAGCAAAAAGGUCAACGCUGCAACCCUGCUGCAGAUUUCGGUGUUUAUCCUAUAAACAGGAAUGAACAUCACAAGAUGAAGAUAUAGAUAUAGAACGCUCAUACUCGAAUUGUAGGAGGUGGAGGUCCACCUCUUUCCACCUACUAUAUUUUGCUAGAUUCAGAAUUCUGCGAAGCUCCGUUCACGCUGAAAGCGGUCGAGGAGAAAUCGAAGCGGACAUCAUGGACCUCGAGCAGUUCAAACUCGUUGGAAUAAAAUACCUCGACGAGCCCGGGGGCGAGGGGACGGGAAAAGUUAACCUCGAUGGCUACUGUUUUUCUCCGUUUGAGGAAAUGGCCGCGACUAAUGGCGCUGAUGCGCAGCCGUCAAGAGCUGCGGGAGCUGCAGCAUCGCAACAAGGACUUUCCCACGUUUCGCCAAACCCUGAAAAUGAAGAAAGGUAAGAUGAAGCGAGUAACCCCCUAUCGAAAGUGCCAGCUACGGCAGUGUCAUAUAAAAGCUGUUCCUGUUGAUCAUGAUCUUUAUGCAAUAGCAACUUUAUUUAUUUUUUUUCACGUACGUCACGAUUUCGUCCCAGUAAGUUGCACAGCCUAGACAUGCACAUGCACAAUCACUCUUCGCAAAUAUGAUUUUUUAUUUUUUACGCAACCAACUGCAGGAAAAUAUGAUUUACGCAACUUCUACAGGAAAACAAGUAUAAAUUUGACACAAAGGACGAGAGUUGGGAAAAGAUGCACGAUAAAGUGGAUUUUGCACACAGGUACAAAACGACAUCGUCAACCACAGGGAGAACGUGUUAUCAGCCGCAUUCAGAUUCACAGGAGCCCACACUAGCUGAGAAGGCAAAUACAGGUGAUGAUGGAGCUAGCGGUGGACUGCCAGAGAGCGGACCAGCUGUUGAUUCUCUCCAUGACGACGACGGUGUGUCCUCGCGGCAGGUGCUGACCCUCCUCACGUUGCUGGUGGACCUGUUUGCAGUGGGUUGCCUGUGCACCAUGGCACUUGAUGCCACUGAGUGUCCGCUCAAAAUGAACAUUGCGGCGUGCUUUGUGUUGCCAGGGAUUCUGUUCGACUUGUGCAAUGUCUUCUGGAUUCGAUCUUACUUGCAAGCCAAGCACGAUUGCUGCUCGGCCGAUAGGGUAUUUUGUUGUCCGUUGCGUAGACCGACGUAGAUGUUGGAAAAAGAAAAGCAUAAAAUUAAAAGUGAGCAAAGUGAUAGGUGUGACUCAUCUGGAGACGUAGUGCGUCUGCGUGUGAAUAAUCGUGACUGACUCAGUAUCAACAACUUUAGAAUUUCUUCAAUGAGUCAUGGAAUGUUCGCUCUACGUCUCGGCCUAUCAUAAAGGUAUGUUAAAUUUAUUCUUCAUGAUUCUAUUUCCAAUCGCAAUCAAUAUCAAAAACAAAAUCAGCUUCCGCAACGGCAAAUCUUCUUUGCCCGAACAGUCGAAUUCUGGUUGGGGUUGUUUCAAGCCGAGUUUGCACUUACUGGCGCAGUUACGUUCUGCUUCUACGCGGGCGGUCCAAAUACAACAUGCGCACAGGUGAGAUCAUAAGGAGCAGCUAUGGAGGAAGCAUAGCUUUAGCCCGAAACAAAUUGUUUUUACUAAUUGAUGUGAUUGUGUAGGUUGUUGGAUUGGAAAUGAAACUCGAUCGUAGUUCAUGAUGGUAUAUGACACGAAGAUCGAGAAAAGUGAGCUACUACAUCUUGUUUGCCUCUCCAACACAGAGCCCCGUCGUCAUCGCCAGCCUUCUACUCUCUGCGACAUAUUGUCUGAGCGUCCUGUUUGAUCUGUGCACGUUUGCCAGCAGAUACACGCUUCGCUUCAUGUCUCGUGAUGAUUUUGUGGAUCCAGAACACGCAUGGUUUCAGUACUUCGAUUACCUGCUGAUGAGAUCCGCCGGACCUGUGCUCUUGAGUGGUGCACUCGUGAUCACUGCUUUGGCGGGCGAGGGAGCUAACAGGAAGUGUGAAAAUGUGUCUGCUGCUAAGACCAUGGCUGGUCUCUUCGUUGCCGCAAUGCUCUGUGACACGUCAGUGGUACUUACUCUUGUUCCUUGAUGACUUUUAUUCUCUUUCUAUAUUGUGAUGGUCUUACAAAUCUACACCAUUUCCAUUUAUUGCAUUUUCUUGUUUGUUGCUAAAGGAACUUCUACUGCAUGCUUCAUGUUCUUGGUUGUAUUGUUCCCUCUUAUGUUGUCCACAUGACCCGUUACGGCGGUACUAGUUAGUACUUAUCAAAAGAUCAUUCUUGCAUAUAUACAGGUUUUUUUCACCGAGCAAUUCGACGAUUGGGCUAGCCGAGCCUUCUGUCGAGGUAACUAGUAUUUCUUGUGUUUUAUGUGAUAGAUGAUCAUGGUUGUCAUGGUUUCUGCUCGGUUUUGGUUGUUUGACGAGUAUGAGUAACCGAAUCGCCUACUGCAAGGAUUUGAUUCUCGUAAUUAUUCUGAUUCUGAUUGUAUGAUUGAAUGUGACCGUAGUGCGUUUUUACUUUUAGUAAAUCUGAAUCAAAUUUUUAUCAUAAUAGAGCUGCACAAAUAUCUUUUAGAUCUGCCUCACUUGUGGACUACAAUUAUCGCAGGCACGCCCAGCAGCGCUGCCGCAGUCGGCGGUAGUGUAGUGUUUUGUGUCUCGGCGUGGAUCGUCGCCGUUGGAGUGGACCUCUUUUCUAGCUGUUCGAGCGCUCUGCUUGUGGAAGACGUAACAAUCUUGGUGCUUCUCACCAUCGGGACAGCGAUCGGAGUUUUUAAAGUGACCACGACAUCUACUACAUCUACGACUGGCGUUGGUGGAGCUCCGUCACGAGAAGAGGCAGCUCCGCUCUUGUUGAUUUGAGCUUUACUUUUGGUUUCUGAGCUUAAAAAAUAUUGUGUGUCUCAUUUUGAUUUUGAAUGCCAAUCCUUGUCUCCAAAAAUGAUUAGGUAAGUAGAGUACAAAUUUUGGUUGCGUGCUCUUCCAGUCGACCGACUGUUGUGAGUGUCAAACUUUACAACUUUUACUACAAACUCCGCUAACUGAGCUGAAAUGAACAAGCUUUACUUAGUCUUGUCAAUGAAAAUCCGAUGUACGAUUAAGGAACAUAAGCGCCAGCCUUGUUCUUGUUGAGCUAUACCGAAAGAGCAUUUUGGUUGUUAUUUGUGAGCGAUUGCAUCAACUACAGGAGCUACAGUCUCUCUCAGUCAGUCAACACCAGACUCGACUUUCUAUAGAUACAUAAUUAACUACGAAUACGACUACCAGUACGAUCGGGCGCAGAGCUAGACGAGAAUCCCGCUCCAGUGACAACAGCUUGGUUGGGUAGUUCCUUGGGCUUUUGCAGUAGUCGAAGGUCGAAGCUGCAGACUUCGAGUUCGAUAGCAGCUGAUGUAUGAUCAAAAAAAUUUCGAAGAAAGAAAGCAAGGGAUGAUGAUCAGGAGUGCCUGCACCUGCCUACAAGUGAUACGGUACGACAUCUUCGAUGACAAUGCUUCGAAUGUCGGAGCACUUCAAAUGAGAAGAGCGGAUACAACGAUAAUGUCUUUGGUGCAUGGUCUCAUUCUCCAUCUUGUUUCUUGAU